AAAAGAAAAUUAAGAGUAUGAUAGCUCAGUACACAUCAGAGUAUGGGAUCCAAACCCGGAUUCGUUUGCAUGAAACAAGCCAUAAUUGAUAAUGAACAAUACGUCCGUAAUAUUUGGUAGCAUAAUCUGAUUAUAGAUUAGCAAGUAAUUAAUUGUAAAAGAGAAGCUAUAUAACAUGAAUCAGCAUUUUGUUGAAAAACCCUCUAUGUGAUUUCAGUUUCAUCUUUCAAUCUCGCCGCCGUGGUAUCAUCUGCGUUGUGUUUAACAUCAGGAGGUGUGGCAAAAUGGAUUUGAUAACUAGCUGCAAGGAUAAAGUGGCACAUUUUCGGAUAAAGGAGCUCAAAGAUGUGCUUAGUCAACUUGGUCUCUCAAAGCAAGGAAAGAAGCAGGACCUUGUUGAUCGCAUAUUAGCUAUUCUUUCAGAUGAACGAGUUUCAGGAGUAUCGGCAAAGACAAAUAGCUCUCGAAAGGAAGAGGUUGCAAAACUUGUCGAUGGAAUUUACCGAAAAAUGCAAGUGUCUGGGGCAACUGAUCUGGCAUCUAAGUCACAAAUUGUCUCAGAUAGCAGUAAUGUAAAGUUAAAAGAGGAAAUUAAAGAUCCUUACCAGAUGAAGAUUCGAUGUCCCUGUGAAUGCUCGCGACAAGUUGAAACGAUGAUUCAGUGCGAAGAUACAAGAUGCCAUACAUGGCAACAUGCAAGCUGUGUCAUCAUUCCAGAAAAGCCCACUGAGAGGGGUUUUCCUCCAAUUUUUCCUGAAACAUUUUACUGUGAAUUGUGCAGAUUGAGUCGUGCAGACCCGUUCUGUGUGACGAUGGGAAACCCUUUAUAUCCUGCUAAGUUUUCCAUCGCUAGUGUUCCUGUAGAUAGCUCAACCCCAAUUCAAAGGAUUGAAAAAACAUUUCAACUCACUAGAGCUGACAGGGAAUUAUUGGCAAAGCAGGAGUGCGAUGUUCAGGCUUGGUGCAUGCUUCUGAACGACAAGGUACAAUUUAGGAUGCAGUGGCCUCAGUAUGCUGAUUUGCAGGUCAAUGGAGUUGCAGUACGUUGCUUAAAUAGACCUGGCUCACAAAUGUUGGGUGCAAAUGGUCGAGAUGAUGGCCCAAUAAUCACACUAUGCUCCAAAGAUGGAAUUAACAAAAUUUUGUUAACAGGAUGUGAUGCUCGUAUCUUUUGCUUGGGAGUUAGACUUGUAAAGCGCCGUACUUUCCAAGAGGUUUUCAAUAUGAUCCCUAAAGAGACUGAUGGUGAGGCAUUUGAUGAUGCUCUUGCUCGCGUUCGUCGUUGCAUUGGUGGUGGGAAUGCCACUGAAAAUACUGACACCGACAGUGACCUCGAAGUGGUUGCUGAUUUUAUUCCAGUCAAUCUUCGAUGCCCAAUGAGUGGUUCAAGAAUGAAAGUUGCCGGAAGAUUCAAACCUUGUGUACAUAUGGGCUGCUUUGAUCUUGAAGUCUUUGUUGAAAUGAAUCAAAGGUCGAGGAAGUGGCAAUGCCCUAUCUGUCUCAAGAACUACUCUCUGGAGCAUGUCAUUAUAGAUCCAUAUUUCAACCGGAUCACUUCUCAGCUGCGAGCUUAUGGAGAAGAAGUGACAGAAAUUGAUGUGAAACCUGAUGGUUCUUGGCGUGCAAAGGCGGAAGGUGAUCGAAGGAGUCUUGGGGAUCUUGGACACUGGCACUUACCUGAUGGAACUCUCAUUGAAUCUGUUAUAGAGUCAAAACCCAAGCCUGGAAUUCUUAAGCAUGUUAAACAGGAAGGAGGCUCUGAAAGCCCCAGUGCACUAAAAGUUGGGUUGAAGAAGAACAGAAAUGGUUUGUGGGAAAUCAGCAAACCUGAAGAUAUGCAGACAUUUCCAUACGGAGAUAGAGUUAGAGAGAACUUUGAAAAUCAUAUUGAAGAUAUCAUUCCCAUGAGCAGCAGUGCCACUGGGAGUGGCAAGGAAGGUGAAGAUCCCUGUGUUAAUCAGGAUGGUGAUGUUAACUUUGACUUCGCUAACAUAGGGUUUGAGCCUGAAACCGUCUCUCCAAAUUUUGUCCCAGCAUAUGGUUGUAAUGACCAUAAUCCCCCAGCACCAGCUGGAGAUGUUGAAGUUAUUGUCCUAAGUGAUUCUGACGAAGAAAAUGAGCCACUUAUCUCUUCUGCAUCCAUUUACAAUAACAACCACACUGAUGCACCUAACGUCUCUUUUCCGGGUAGGCCUAAAGGAAUUUCAGAUUCUUGCAAGGACUACCAUGCACUUGUUAAUGAUGGGAAUUCAAGGCUGGGGCUGUUCAACGCAAAUGAUGAUGAACAUGGGAUGAAUAUGUGGUCUUUGCCUACUGUUAGCCAGGGGGCCCCGGGUUUAUUUGGUUCAGAUACUGAUGUCUCAGGUUCUUUAGUAGUAGAUUUUGAUGGCUACUCAUUGGCUGCAGAUACUGGCAUUGGAUCUUGUUCUCUUCUCCCUGAAUCUUCUGUUGAUCGUCCGAAUGCUGAAAUGAAUGAUGGUUUAGUUAAUAAUCCCCUAUCAUUUGGCAGUAAGGAUCCCUUACCACUUCAGAUAUUUCUUCCUAUUAUAGAACCAUUGGCUGCAUCAGUUGAGGCGGAUAUGGGGCAUCAGCCAGGUGUGUCAACUGACGUUCAUACCGAGGAUUGGACUUCACUUAGGCUUGGUGCAGGUGGGGAUUCUAAAGUUGCAAAUGGGUCGAGCUCAGGGAAGCCGUCGCAAACCAAAGACUCUUCCUUGGACUCAUUGGCUGAUAAUGCUUCAUUGCUGCUUGGCAUGAAUGACGGAGUAACAAAGAAGAGCGGUAGAGAAAGAUCAGAUGGUCCCUUUAAUUUUCCUCGCCAACGUCGUUCUGUAAGACCGAGAUUGUACCUGACUAUUGAUUCAGACACUGAAUAGGGAGCCGAACCCACAUUGGAGGAAUAGUGGUUACUUCUACUGCAAAAAUGAGGAUUCAACCACAUGAUACUUGUUUGUAGGAUCUUCUCUGCUGGCUUGGUAAUUUAUCUUUUUGGCUUGGAGAUGAACAUGCAUCUGCCAACAGGAAACUGACUUCAAUUCCUGUGCUGGAUAUUUAGGAGUUCUGAUUGGUGAGCUCUGAACCUUCCGAUUUUUGUAUUCUAUUGUCUGGACUUGGAAUCCCCGCUGCCAUACCCUCCUUCGCAUUGUGAAGAGGGCGUGGCCAUAUACUUCUCUUCCUUUUUGUAGAUGGUUCCUUGCAAGUGUAACUGUACAUUUGAAUAGCUUGGAUAGGGCAAGCUAACUGUACAUUUGGAAAGCUUAGCUAGGUUUAAAAUACACCAGUUGGUAAUUACCUCUGGAUGUACAGUAGCCAUAAAGGGGAGUCAUUUAUUCAUUCAGAACCUCCUCUCUGCCUUAUACGAGGAGGGGCCUAUAGCCUGUAAAUCUUAUUACAUUGAGUAAUUUAUAGACUAGCAUUUUUGGAUUUGUGUUUC